AUGGGCUUCCUGUAUCAGCAGCCACAUUUCUUACUUUCGUUAUUUUAGAACACAUCAUCAAGUUAACGCGAUGGGUUUUACUGAUAUUUCCAACUCAGGGCAAAGGCAUAAAGCUUCAGAGUUGAGGAUUGUGCUGACAGGAGGAAGAGAAUCAAAAGGAAAUCUAUGUGGUAGAAGCUCAGUUGGAAACAUCAUUCUGGGUCAAAAUGUUUUUGACACCAGCAUGAGAACAGCUCAGAGUGAAACAAGGCAGCAGGAAGUAUACGGCAGACUAGUUACAGUAGUUGAUACUCCAGGGUGGUGGUGGACGGAUACACAAGAAAAUACACCAAAACUGGAUCAGAUAGAAAUUCAGAAUAGUGUCCAUCUGUGUCCUCCAGGACCUCAUGUGUUUCUUCUGGUCAUUCCCGUUGAUUUAUAUUUACCUCAUUGGGUCACAUCAUCACUAAAGGAGCACCUGGAACUUUUCAAUGCAGAUGUUUUCAGUCACACCAUCGUGCUGUUUGCUGCAGAUGCUCCUUGUAGUGAUGAAACAAUAGAAUCUAAAAUCAGAAGAAGUCCAACCCUGCAGUGGAUCCUUCAACGAUGUGGAAACAGAAAACAUGUUCUCAACAUCAGUGACAGAGACGAUGAAGAUCAAGUCAAGAUGCUCUUUGAGAAAAUUGACACCAUGGUUACAAACAAUGGAGGAAGACACUGUCCUGUUGACAGACGUCAAGGAGAAGCUCUGAGGAAAGAAAUUACAGAUUUGUCUGAAAGAGCCUCAAGAAGGUUUGAUCAAGUUCAGAAACAAAGAAGGAAACUCAAAGAGCUGAUUGAAGGUGGAAAACCCCCACCAGAGCAUCUAAGACUGGUUUUAAUUGGUGCAGAGUGUGAAGGCAAGAGCUCAGCCGGCAACACCAUUUUAGGAAAGACUGCAUUCGUUGUUAAUAAUAAUGGCAACAGAACCACACACUGUGAAAUAAGCCACAGUGUGGUAGAAGGAAGGUGGCUCACAGUGGUAGAUUCUCCUGGAUGGUUCUACAUCAACAGCCUUCAGGACACCAGCGAGAUGGAUAAACUGGAAAUAGAGGACAGCAUGGACCUUUGCUUACCUGGACCACAUGCUGUGCUGCUUGUGAUAAGCCUUGAAACAGCAAUCCAUGCAUCAUAUCUGAGAGCUGUCCAGGAACACAUGAGUCUGUUUGGAGAAGAAAUCUGGAAACACACUCUGGUUCUGUUCACCAUGAGUGACUGGCUGGGAGUGAAGACUGUGGAAGACCGUAUAGAGAGUGAGGAAGGUCUGCAGUGGAUCGUGAACAAGUGUGGGAACAGGUAUCAUGUCCUGAACAACAUGAAUCACAGUGAUAAGACUCAGGUAAAGGAGCUCCUUGAGAAGAUUGAAGAGAUGUGGGCAGGAAAUAAAGAUCCUUACUAUGAAGUGGACCUGGACCGAGCUGCACAGAUAGAAGCCAAGAAAGAGGCUGGAGACAAGAUGGCCAGAAGGUUGAAGAAGAUCAAUGAGAGACAGUCAAGAGUCCUGAAGGAGCUUAAUGGAGGUGAGGAAAGUCCAGUCACUGACAUCAGGAUUGUUCUUGUUGGCCAAAAAUGUUCAGGAAAAAGUAGAGCUGGAAACAUGAUCCUUUUCAAUAAUUUAUUUGAUCUCAGUUUCAACAUGAGUCGGCUGAAGAAGAACUACCAAGAUCAGAGAGAAACCUCAACAUGUGUAAAACAUGAAGGAAACUUUAAUGGAGUAAAGGUCUCUGUUGUUGAAACACCAGGCUGGUUCACAGACACAACAUCACCAGACUGGAUCAAAGGUGAAGUUCUCCACAGUGUCUCCAUGUGUCCUCCAGGACCUCAUGUUUUUCUCCUGGUUGUUCCGAUCUCCAGAGCUUUCACAGAGAAAGAUCUCAAAGCUCUGGUGGAGGUCUUAAUGCCAUUAACAGAGAGAGUGUGGAGACACUGCAUGGUGCUGUUUACCUGGGGAGACUGGCUCAAUGACUUCCCUGUAGAGAACUACAUCGCCAGAGAGGGCAAGGAGCUCCAGGAGCUUCUGGAGAAGUGUGGAAACAGAUACCAUGUUCUAAACCCCAUUCAAAUCAGUGGUUCUAUUGAAGUCAAAAAGCUACUACAAAAAUUGAUUGACAUAGUAACUCAAAACAAGGGAUGCUUCACAACUGAAGACAAACAAAAGACAUUUCAGGUACAACCUUGGCAAAAACAGCUAAUAGAAGAGGAAUGGAACAGGAGAGCACAGGAGCUGGUAGAGCGAAUCUUGAAGGUUUUAGCAAAGGAACCAGAGGAGCCAACAGUCCCUUCUAAAAGGAUGACAAAUAGCAUGAAUGAAUUUUACAUCCCAGACAUGAGCAGAGAUGUUGCCUCAGAAUAUGGCAGCAUUUCAGAGUUCAGGAGAGGACGAGCACAUGACCAUGUCACUGAAUGGCUGACUAACAGGGAGAGGCAGUCUGAGAUCAGCUCUGGGAUUAGUAGCAUUUGUUUGUCAGCUACUUCUAUGGAAAAGUUUGAACGUUCGCCUAUAAAUAAACAUUCGCCAAAAAAUAGUUCAUUCUCUCAAAACAAUAAAGAAGAUUCUGUGAGCAUAAUCUCAUACCCAACAAGAAUUACAGGAAGUCCUGUUAGUCCAAACAAUUAAGGCAGAAAAAUCUGACAAAACCUGUGAACCACACAGGAUGUAACAUGAAAAUACACCAAGAAAGAAAUCCACAAAAUGUGACAUUAAUGUUUGAUAUCUGACCGUUAAUUCUCAUCUUUCAAAAAACACAACUGUUGCAUGUUUAUAAUAUUGUUACAAAAAAACUGGUUAGUUGGUUGGUUAAUGUUUUGCAUUAUUAAAGUUUCAGAGAGGGACAUUAAAACAGAUCCAAUAACCCUAUAAUCAAGAAUCCCAAACUUACAUUAUGGGUACAUUUAAAUAUUACAAAAAGAUUAAUAUUUUUUGUCACUUGUUUCAGAAAAUAAACUUUAUAUUCUAUAUAUUCAUUACAAAUACACUCUAAGAAAUAAUUCGCUCUAUGUGUAAUAAAUCGUUAUUUCAGUUUCACUUUCAGAAACUUCUGAACUUAACAAUAUAAUUUUUUUUUAGAUGUAUCUUUAUAUAGGCUACAUGGUGAUUUUUCUAGGGUCAUGUACUUUGUUUUCACAAUAUUUAAAGACAUUUACACCAAGCUAUUAAAAUUAAAGUUAAUGUAUUAAAAACAAAUUAAUGAAAGCUUCCUUUUAAAUUCAAAUCAGAAUCAGAAUCAGCUUUAUUGCCAAGUUCGUACAUACAAACAAGGA